CCGACCGUCUCGGUGGUGGUUGGUGGCGUGGAGCGGGAACGGCCUUGGAAAGUGUAUUGCGAAAAGGUGUGAGCUGCGGGAGGGCGCGUAGCACUUUGUUUUACGGAGCUUAUGUGACAGUGAGUGUGUUUUACAAGCGUCUUGCCAAGUGCGAUCUGACCCUGCCAGUGGUGUCCUGCAACGGAAUAUGCCCAUCAUGACCACGCGGUUGAAAAUACUUCUCCACUCGCCAUGGCAGUUUGUUCUGCUCGCAAUCGCUGCCGUCCAGAUUGUGCCUUUCUGCUCUGCAUUGCACCAAGGUGCGGCGGCCUCCGUGGCGUACGACGAGCGGCCGUCGCAGCUCGUGCAGGUUGUGCCGCUGGUGCGGCUGGCCCGCCAGGCGCCUGAAACGAACGGCAUCGGCGCCGACAGCCAGACCAACGUGGCCGCCCACCCGGCCGCCCCUAACGCGACUGCCUCGACGACAACCACAACCACAACAACCACAACCACAACGACAACUCCCCGAUGUUGA